AUGAAGGUUUUGGUCGUCCUCUGCUUCCUGCUCUGCUCGGCCUCAGCAGAGGCCACGAUCUUCGCCUCUGUCCGUGACACCGACGGCCGGAGCCUGCGCCCGAGCCACGAGUACUACAUCCUCCCCCUCUUCCGCGGCCGCGGCGGCGGCCUCACUCUCGCAGCCCACAGCAACGAAAGUUCCUUCGCAUGCCCGCUCGCAGUGGCUCAAGAGCGCUCGGAGGUCGACUCCGGCCUCCCGGUGAUCUUUUCGCCGGCGCCCGAGGGCAGCGAGUUCGUGAAGAUGUCGACUGACCUCCACGUGAGGUUCUCCGCGGCGACCAUCUGCGUGCAGUCGACGGUGUGGCAGCUCGGCGACGUGGACGCGUCCACCGGGCGGCGGUACGUAAUUUCCGGCGGCGUCGAGGGAAGCCCCAGCGCUGGGACGGCUAGCAACUGGUUCAAGAUCGAGAGGUAUGGGGAGAGGGACUACAAGCUGGUGCAUUGCCCGAGCGUGUGCCAGGUCUGCAAGGUGGUGUGCGGGGAUGUGGGUGUGUUUGUGGAGGGAGGAAAGAGGUGGUUGGGGCUGGACGGCGACCCAUUUUCGGUCAUCUUCAAGAAUGCACAUCCAGGAACUGGAAACUAA